AUGUCCGAGAGAAGAUGGGUGGAAUUCAAGAUCAGCCAAACCAUCAGCUGCUCGGCUCCGGCCGGCCGCAGGACCAGACCUCCGUCUCCUGCUGCUGCUGCAGGCCUUAAGGAGCGACAGAAGAAGCUACAGGCCGGCAAAGCCAAGCUGGCCGAGUACCGGCAGAAGAAAGCUCAGUCCGAUGGCCAGAAGAAGCAGAAGAAGAAGAAAAAGAAGCCGGAAUCGGACGUGGAGGAGCAGAGAGGAGAUCAGACCACCGUGUUUUCCCUCUCAAAGACCCUGCGGAGCGGAGAAACGGUCACACACGACCAGACCUACACCAUAGAGCCCGAGAGGGAAGUCUCCACGACGGCUGAAGACUGCUCAUCUGAGGAGGAAGAUCUGCAGCCGUCCGAAGCGCACAUGGAGCCUCAGAGUCACGUACCAAACAUGGAGGACGAGCUCGCCGCCAAGAACCUGGCCCUGGAGGAGCUGAGCCGUGAGCUGGAGGAGAUCAGGGGCGUGUUUGGAGCUGAAGGAGUGCCGCAGGCCGGGGCGAUACCGGCGGAGCUCCAACCAUCAGCUCCACCCGCUGCCCAGUCAGCUCCAGGCCAGAGUCAGCAGAUCAAGCUGUACAACAGAACAAGUGGCCCAGAGGGACGCACCCGGUCUCGCGCGUCCCAGGAGAGAAUAUGCCAGGUCCGCACACAAGCCGAAGAAUCGUUUACUCAGAGUUUACGAGAAAAGGACUCACUGAAUACCGAACAUCAGCGUCUGAUAACACAGCUUCAGGAUCAGCUUCUGACUUCCAAACAACAAGUGGAGGAAGUCAACAAACAUCUGUCUACGAAAAUACAAGAACUAGACAACUGCGAAAAAGAGCUCGCCGCGUCCAGACAGAAAGAGCGCAUGUCGCCGGGAGAAAUCCUGCAGCUCAUGAAAACCGUGGGAGGACCUCCACGGCAGCGCUGCCACCAGGGAGGCCCCGUGCGCAGAGAGCUUCGCACGCAGCAAGCGACGGAGUGGAGCGCAUCCAAGCGCAGCACUGUCACGGACCCCGAGAAGAUCGUCCAGCGCAUCAGUCAGGAGCUGGAGAGGUUUAAAAGCUCAGCUCUUCCAGAGCACGGAGGCGUCAACGUGCUAAACGUGAAGCUCAUCAAGCUCCAGCAGAAGCUGCAGGAGACGCAAGUGCUGCGUGAAAAGGCAGAGCAGGAGCUAACGCAGACGAGCGCAGAAAAACUCGGUCUGGCGCAGGAGCUGGAGCGUUUGCGUGACGAGCUAAGCCAGCACGAAUCAGAAAUAACCAACUAUAAGAUCAAAAUGGAGAUGCUGGAGCGGGAGAAAGACGCGGUGCUGGACCGCAUGGCCGAAUCGCUGGAGUCGGAGGCUGGAGACGCCUGCGAAACGCAGAUCUUGUUCAGCCACGAGGAGGAGCUCUCCCAAACUCAGAGACGACCUUCAAAGGACACACUGAUUGGAAAAGGCACUUCUGAGCUGACGGAGAAGCUGGAGACGGCCGAGAACGAGAAUAAAAACUUGGUGGAGAGGCUCUCGAUGAUGGAAACGGACAUGAAACGUCUCGAAGAGGAGCUCAAGAGGACGGUGAUUGGAAAAGACACUUCUGAGCUGAUGGAGAAGCUGGAGACGGUAGAGAACGAGAAGAAGAGCUUGGCAGAGCGGCUCUCGCUGAUGGAAGCGGAGCUGGAGACGCUGAAGAGAGGCAGAGAUGAAGAGCUGGGAUCUGACCCGCAGGUCGCUGUGCAGGUGGAGACGGGAGACGCUCAGGUCGAUGGAGACGCUGGCAGAGCCUCGCUCAUGAUGCAGACGCCGGAAAUGGACGGCGCUGAGCAUUUAAUCUGCGCGUCGCAAACUUCUCGCAGGACGGCGCUUAGAGGCGACAUGGACUCGUACCGGACAUACUGCGAUUCGGCCGUCCUGCGCGACGGCUGGCUGGAAAGCCAGGACAUGGAUGUUUACGAGGUGGAGUCGCGCAUCCCGCUGCCGCGACCCUUCCCUCUGAGCCACCUGCUGCACGAGAAGAACGCUGUAGUCGUGCAGACGCAGAUCUCGCACGUCAACCAGCGCCACAGCGGACACCUGCUCAAAGUGGUCUCCAGGAUCUCCCUGCCCACGCCGCCCUACAGCCUGGAGCAUGCGCGGAUCACGCAGACGGAGCUGAUGAGGGAGAAGUUCAGACACAGUGAGGAGAUGGAGGAGCUGCAGCGCAGACAGGAGGAGCUGCAGGAGCGUCUGGGAGAGGAGGAGCGAGCGCGGGAGCAGCUGGCACUGGAGCUGCACAGAGCUGAAGGUGUGAUUGACGGCUACACUGGCGAGCGUCUGGCGCUGGAGCAGCAGAUCCGCGAGCGCGCCGAGCUACAGCUACAUCUGGAGCAGGAGCUGUGUGUGACCGCUAGCCGUCUGCGUGAACUCGAGCAGGAGCGCCAGCAGAUACACCACGAGCGCGAGCUACUGUCACGCCAGCAGGACGCCAUGAGAGAAGGGGCGGGGCCUCGAGAGCUGCAUCUGCUGGAGGAGACGGAGAAGCUGAUGGCGGAGAAGGUGGAGGUGCAGCGUCAGGCGCAGAAGGAGAGCGGCGAGCUGCUGCAGCAGGUGAAGCAGCUGGAGGCGGAGCUGGAGGAGCAGGUGAGCCGUCUGCAGGAGCUGCAGGAGACGCACAGCACCGAGACGACCGACCCAACGGGGAGUGGGGGGUUGGGCCGAGCCCUGCGGCAGCAGAUACAGGCCUUAGAGAAACAGCUGGAGAAGAACCGCAAGUUCAUGGACGAGCAGGCGGCGGACAGGGAGCAUGAGCGAGACGUCUUUCAGCAGGAGAUCCACAACCUGGAGCAGCAGCUGAAGAAUCCCUCCAAAACACAGACAGGAAGUGACCGGCGGGACAGAGAGGUGCAGGAGCUGAGCGCGGCGCUGCAGGAGAAGGCAGACUGGUGCAGUGAGCUGCUGAUCAAACCGCAGAAGGACGAGGUUCUGCGUGAUUGGCCCACACGCUCUGAAGAAAAAACAAGAUUCUCCGCGAGAUGGAGGCGCAGCAGGUUGAGUGUCUGCGUAGCGGCAGGAGCGUCUGAAGAGGAACAGCGAGGAGAUUUGGAGCAGUCUCAAACGCCGGCAUCGAGCAGCUUCCAGCAGGAGCGGUCACACAUCGAGCACAAGCAGCAUCAGGAACGAGAGCGACGAGAUGAAUCGAGGAUGGGAGGAGCUCUGCGGGAGAACGACGGCUGCGCUGGGUGUGCAGGCUCAGUGCAGAGGCCUGGAGGAGAGCGCAGGGUCACGGGUCUCGAGCUUGAGUCGGCGGGUGGAGGAGCUGGAGACCAGCGUGGAGGAGAAGGACUCGGAGCUGCGCGCAUGCAGGUUGAAGGUGGAACAAGUGCAAACGACGCCGCGCUCUGUAUCGCUAAAGUGUCUCAUCUGGAGGAUAAACCAUGGAGAAGGUGGCGCUGUUCUGGUCAUCAAGCACCACUGGAAGCCGUCCAACGCAAACCAAGAGGCUCCACUCCGAGGCCCACGCAGGAGAAGCUUGGCCUCAGUGCUCAGCUGCGGUCUGAUGGCCUCACGGCGCAGGACGGAGCCUCCACAGGGAAUCUGCUGCUGGGCGGUGGAGGAGAAGGGACGGUGAGGUUCCUGCGUGAGCUGGGCGCGGAGUGGAGUGUCUCUUGGAGGCGAGCAGGAGCGCGCCACACGAGGAAGAGAGGAGCCGGAGAACAAGAUGAGGGAGGUGAAUCAGCUCCGCUUAUGCAGCUUUGGGAGGAUCCAGAGAAGCCAGAGACGAAGCCGUCCAACAGCAGGACCGUCUUGGAGGAGAAGGACAGGCAGAUAGCCGUCCUUAACGAGCAGCUCGUUAAGCAUCAGCACACGGGAACAGACCCAGAGAAAGAGAAUACUCUGAGAUUAAACCCAAAGGGAAUGAGAGGCGACUCUUCUCUGAGCUCACGUGUUGGUCUGCAGGCGGUGGAGGAGAAGGACGAGGUUCUGCGUGUGCUGGAGGCACAGGUGGAGUGUCUGCGGAGCGAGCAGGAGCGUCUGAAGAGGAACAACGAGGAGGAGGUGGAGCAGCUCAACGCCGUCAUCGAGAAGCUCCAGCAGGAGCUGUCACACAUCGAGCACAAGCAGCCUCAGGACGAGAGCGACGAGAUGAAGCAGAGGAUGGAGGAGGCUCUGCGGGAGAAGACGGCUGCGCUGGUGGUGCUGCAGGCUCAGGUGCAGGCGCUGGAGGAGAGCGCAACACCACUCACGAGCCUGAGUCUGCAGGAGCAGGAGACCAACACCAACGAGAAGGACAACGGACCCGCACCCACGUUGAAGGUGGAACAAGUGCAAGCGGACGCCGACGCUCUGUACGCUAAAGUGGCUCAGCUGGAGGAGAAACUCAGGGAGAAGGUGGCCGCUGUUCUGGUCAGUCAAGCACAACUGGAAGCCGUCCAGAUGCAAACCAAAGAGCUCCACGCCGAGGCCCACGCAGGAGAAGCCAUGGGCCUCAGUGCGCAGCUGCGGUCGGAGGGCCUCACGGCGCAGGACGGAGCCUCCACAGGGAAUCUGCUGACGGAGAAGCUGAAGGAGCUGGAGGAGGGUCUGAGCGGGACACAAAAUGAACAAGAACCUCAUAAGCAGCUCUUAAGAGGAUCUGAUGAAGAACUAAAGGAGUGUCCGGUGAGGCCAGUCAGUCGCUGUCUGAGCUGCUGCAGGAGGUCAAAGGUCAAGUCUGCGUCCACUAAAGAGGAGCUGAACUGCUACAGAGAACUGAGCCACAAGCUUCAGGAGGAGAUCGAGAUGAAGGAGAGCACGAUCACGCAGCUCCAGACGGCCCUCAAUCAGGUCUCGGCAAGCACGCGUGAAGGGGACGCUGCAGAGACGGCUCAGCUCCUCCAGGAGCUGCAGGAGGUCAGAGGUCAAGCGAGCAGCAGACUGCAGGAGCUGGAGAGCAGCAGGGAUCAGAGCAGCAGACUGCAGGAGCUGCUGCAGGAGAGAGAGAUGAGCAUCGCUCUGCUGAAGGAUCAGCUGCACAGGGCCUCACAGGAGGGCGAUCAGUCCACGGCGGCGCUGCUGCAGGAGCUGCAGGAGGUCAAAGGUCAAGCGGCCGCCACCAGAGAGGAGCUGAGGAGCUUCCAGGAGCGCAGCCUCAAACUGCAGGAGGAGAUCGAGACGGAGCUGCAGGAGAUGAUGCUGGGAUACGAGGAGAAGAUCGCACAGAUGCAGGAGCUGCAUGCGGCUGAGAUCCUGGACAUGGAGGCCAGACACAUCUCUGAGAGCGAGAGCCUGCGGAGAGAGAGCCAGCAGCUGGAGGACGAGUGUCGAGCGCUGAGAGACGCCAUCCACACACUCCGGAGCUCACAGCCUCAGACCACGAGCGACGAGAGAGACGCCUUCAUCAACACCGUGGAGUCUCUGCAGCUCCUCAUCAGCAGACUGCAGACGGACACACAGGUGGAGGGCGACUGGAGAGCGGAGCUGCUUUCAGCCGUCCAGCAGGUGUUUGUUCAGGAGCGAGACGUGCUGAAGAACCUCUUAUACUCUCAUCUGGAGCGACUGGACACGGCUGACGCUGUCACUCAUCUCAGCCAGCUGGAGAGAGCGCUAGCGGAGCAGGACGAGCGGCACAGGGGGCUGAUGGGAGCGCUGAGCGCCGCGGACAGACACAGCCUGCGCUCAGAGAUCCAGCAGCUCAGAGAUCAGCUCCACACGCUCACAGCAGAGCAAACACAGCGCCACCAUCAGGACCGCGCCGGAACGGAGAGCGAGAGGCUGGCUGGAGCGAGGCCGGUCGAAUCCGGCUCUGAUAGACUGGAGGAGAUGAAGACUGAACUCAGCCGGACUAAACUAGAGCUAGAGAGCGCUCUACAGUCACAACACAAACACCUGACGGAGCUCGACACACUCCGGGCGGAGGUCUCACUGAAGGUCACUGAGGUGGACACACUGAAUGAGAGACUGGCUCGUGAGCAGAAGAGAGCCAGAGAGCUGCAGUGGGCCUUCGAGAAGGAGAAAUGCAAGUCUGACAGGAAGGAGGAGACCGAGAGAGAGGAAGUGGAGGACCUGAAGCUGUCUCUGGAGGAGCUGUCGAGGGCUCUGGAGAGAGAGAGACAGGUUUCAGCUCGGCUCAGAGAGCAGGCGCAGGAGCUCAGCGUCUCCUCACAGCCGCAGGUGCAGGUAGAGGCUCAGAGAGCUGGACCGGCGGAGCUCCGCGGCGCUCUGGAGAAACAGAAGGAGAUGAACACACAGCUGCUGCAGCGCUUGCAGACCGGCUCCACGUCAAACACUCAGGAGUCUGAGUCUGAGGCACAGGUGGAGGCCGUGCUCUCUGUGGAGUCUCUCCUGCAGACGCAGCUGCUGCAGAUGAAGGAGGAGCUGGAGAGACACGAGCUGGAGGCGCUGCAGUGCAAACAACAGUGGGACGAGGAGAAGUCCACCCUCACCCAGGACCAGAAUGCACUGCGGGCGACACGCGACGGCCUGGAGAGACGGGCGAGCGAGCUGCAGACGGAGCUGGAGCGAGAGAGAGACAGCGUCAGGAGGCUGGAGAGAGAGAGAGACAGACUGCAGGAGGCCGUGAGACAGCUGGAGGACGGCAACCAGAGCGCCAGCGCAGAGGAUCGAACCCGGGACUGGGUGUUGCAGACGGGAGAGCCUCUGCAUGAGGGUCAGAGGUCAGACCCCAGCAUCCUCAGCAGACUGCAGCUCAUCGCCGCCAAGAUCAACAGUCUGACCAGCGAAAGCCCUGACAGGUUAUCUGGGGAAGUGCCAGACCGGGACAGUUUAGCAUGGCUGCACAAUAAUGUACAGGAUGUGAUGUCACUGUUAAAGCAUAUCCCAUCAGCCCCCUCUGCUCUCCCAGAGAGCGCCGCGCUGCUGUCAGGAGGAUCGUCCGGUCUGCUGAAUGAGCGUUUACUCAGACAGAACGCAGAGCUCACGGGAUUCGUUAGCCGACUGACGGAAGAGAAGAACGACCUGCGAAACCAGUUACUGAAGCUGGAGGAGGAGCUGCGCAGAUACAGACAGAAAAAAACAUCAGCCGAGAGCAGUUGGAUGGGGGCUGGCGUGGAGCGUCAGGAGCUGGUGGUGUUUUCUAGCGAGCGUGACUCGUGGGCUCAGGAGAGGAAUCGUUUGGAGAAGUCUCUCCGUCAGGCCGAGGCAGAACUGACCCGUCUGAGAGCAGAGAAUCGCUCCGAAACACUCCGGGAUCUGACCGCAGUCGAUCUGGACAACAUGGCCCUCAGGAGGAUGUAUGGGAAAUACCUGCGCUCCGAGAGCUUCCGGAAGGCUCUGAUCUAUCAGAAGAAGUAUCUUCUGCUGCUGCUGGGAGGAUUUCAGGAGUGUGAGGAGGCCACGCUGUCUCUGAUCGCCCGGAUGGGCGGCUUCCCUGCACACACCUGUCUGGAGUCUGUGAGCCGUCAGCGCAGGGGCUUCACACGCUUCAGAUCGGCUGCGCGCGUCUCCAUCGCCCUCUCCAGGAUGAGGUUUCUGGUGAGGCGAUGGCAGAGAGCAGCUGGAGGAAGUGUGGCGUCUCAGAUUAUCAACAGAAACGGUCUCGCUCAGAUCACAGGUGCUGAUGUGAGGAGCGAGUCGUCGUAUCUUCACCCCGGCGCUGUGGAGGCGUUCAGAGAGAGACGAGCGAGCAGCCGCGGACGCACGGGACCAGACUCUCCUCGCUCCGCUGCUACGCUCCAGCACAGGUUUCACUCGGUGACCGGUGACGGCGGAGGUUUGCCGUGUUCACACCUGCAGAACUACGACCCUGACCGCGCUCUCACCGACUACAUCUCUCGUCUGGAGGCCCUGCAGAGACGUCUGGGGAGCGUGCAGUCAGGUUCCUCUUCGUACGCUCCGUUGCACUUUGGAGUCAGACGAUGAAGGUCGUGGUUCACUCUGAAGAAUCUCCGUUGCCUUCUCUUGUGCUGAGCUGCUGUGAGGAUGAACCUGUACAGUCCGUUUGUCUUGUGUUUGUGUGAAUCAUCUUAUAAUCAAGCUUUGGUUGGCAGCACUGGAAACCGCUUCAGCGUCUGUACAUUAGUUCUACUUUGUCUGUUGUUAAAGGAAAGCAAUCAUGUUUCUGUAUAUUUGUGGAAUGCUAAUUUAAGUGGAUUAAUUUAAGAGUUUGCUGCUGCGCUGAGCGACGCUGUACUGGUCAGAAACACUCUCAGAGCUCCGGCUCGCUGUUAUCAGAUGCUCCACACUGUGUUUUAUCCGCUCGCUCCCGUCAAAAGACCACAGGACAUUUGUAGAAGACAUAUUUUUGUAAAGGUAGGAGCUUUGGAUUUUAUGGGUAUUUUGUCAAAACUGAAAUAAAAAUUAAUAUAAUAUUUGAAAACUG